UAGCUAACUUCCUCCGAAGCCCAGGAUCUCCCGGGAGACCGAGAUCCGGCUCUGUUCCGUUGACAUCAUCACCGAUCGCCGGGCUCAAACGGACUUCGGGGAGGAGUUUUCCCCACGACCUUAUAGCCUGUUCCCAUGAUCCUCUCCUUCUCUUCGUCGUCUUUCCUCUUUUUUGCCGGCCGCUGCCAUGAAGGUCGAGCUGUGCAGUUUUAGCGGGUACAAGAUCUAUCCAGGACACGGGAGGCGCUACGCCCGGACCGACGGGAAGGUUUUCCAGUUUCUUAAUGCAAAAUGCGAAUCUGCAUUCCUUUCCAAGAGGAAUCCUCGACAGAUAAAUUGGACUGUCCUCUACCGAAGAAAGCACAAAAAGGGACAGUCGGAAGAAAUUCAAAAGAAAAGAACACGACGAGCAGUCAAAUUCCAGAGGGCCAUCACUGGUGCAUCUCUUGCGGAUAUAAUGGCCAAGAGGAAUCAGAAACCAGAAGUUAGAAAGGCCCAAAGAGAGCAAGCUAUCAGGGCUGCCAAGGAAGCAAAAAAGGCUAAGCAAGCAUCUAAAAAGACAGCAAUGGCUGCUGCUAAGGCUCCCACAAAGGCAGCACCGAAGCAGAAGAUUGUGAAGCCUGUGAAAGUUUCUGCUCCCCGAGUUGGUGGAAAACGCUGAAUUGGCAAAUCAGAUUUUUAAAUAAAGAUCUGUAAUUCUAA